AUGAAUCUGUCAGAAGUUCUCGAUAACUACAACUAUUCACUAGCAAACAUUGUUAAUUGGUUCAAACAACUAUUGAUGGUUGUGCAAUGGUUGCACGGAGAGGAAAUCAUUCACGGCGAUAUAAAUUUGUUCAACAUUCUGACAGAGGCUGACGUUCGAAAAAUUAGACUUUGUGAUUUCGAAGGAUAUAAAGAAGUGGAACCAUACAGGAGCCCUGAAAGCGUACGGUUGGACUUUGAGCAGAUUGGUGCUACUUUCUCUGAGAUUCUGAAAAAUUAUAUCAAUUGUGCUUCUAAGGACGAGCUGAUCACCGAAGAGGAGCUCGAGCCUCUAUCGUCUGAGCUCGACCAGGAAAACGUUGAACUUUUGCGUAAAAUGGUGUACGACACGGCUGAUGUCUCAACUACCGAAAUUGAUCAAUUUUUGCUGGCUUUGGGUUCAAACGAAGAAGUGCGACUUAAAGAGCGAGAGCCACUGAAACCCGUUCGGUCCGAGGAAACGAAUAUUGACGAAAAGAAAGCUAAAGUAACUGAUGUCAUUUUUGGCAUUAAGUAUUUAAUUUUUGCCAUUUUUGUGGUGUUUUUUGCAUGCAUUGUUGGCUAUUACUAUACUGGUGGA